AGUUCGGCAUGUCGUGGUCUUUGACACCAGGAGAUUGUGCUUUCGUUGGCAUCUAUGGCGAGAAGGAUGAUUUCGCCAUCCUCUUGAUGGAGGAUGCAGAUGCUCAGCAAAUCUCGUUGACAGACGGGAAUUUCAAGGACAAGGACUUUGAAUCCAGCGAGCGAGCCCGAGCAAAGGAUCACGCGAAAGAUGCUGUCAAGGGAACUGUGUUGAGGAAGUCGGACUUUGAGACGGAAAAUGGCUGGUCCUUCGCGGCUCCUUUGGCCCUCACGGUUUACAAGGGAAGCCCAUCAUCCCCCACCCCCUUGUGCGGCGUCAGCUUGGAUGGGAAGGCAGGCAAGGUGAUGGUUCGCAGGCUGGAUGAUGAGAUUGCCGCCUUGAAUCUUGGUGAGACCGAAACUGCUCAAUAUGCUGGGCCAAUGGUCGGCAGCAAGGAAGAGCUUUUGGACGGCAUCAGCAACCCCAUGAACUGGCUGCGAGACGCUGGAGCUCGCAAACUCUCCGGCUUUAGCAUCGCCAGCGUGAACAGCACCACCAUGACCUCGACCACCUCGGAGGGCAGCAGCACUGAGACCGAGACCACCAGUGACAUGGAAACCACCGAGGGAGGGGGAGACGAUGAUGCUGCAGUGCAUGCCACUGCUUGCGGCUUGGUCCUUGCCUUGGCUUUGGUGAUGUAAGAGACAUUUCUCGAACUCAUCGCCAGACAGGAGCAGCCCGGAGCAGCCUGGCCUCUUGGGUAGGAGCUAAGUUUUCCAGGACCCCUUCUACGUCGCUUCUGAGGCACUACAAUACGCAAGCCUGCCAGGGUAGUGAUGACUGAUGACACCCAGAAGAGCAGCCUGAAGACUCACAGAGUUUGAGACUAUCUGAGACAAACAAGAUGUUCAAUAUGUGUCAUAGCACUGAGUGCAGUCUGGAAUUGAUUGUUUGAGAGUCAGUCUUUUUCAAGCUCUGUGAGUCAUUGUGAGUCCCUUUUUUCGGGAUGGUUGGCAGAUUGGCAGCUUUAUUGGUUUGAUACAUUCCUUCACCUUACACGGUUGUCUUAGAGUCUAGAUUUUCCUCAAAGGACACAGUCCUGGAGCUGCAAAGGCCAAAUUCCCAUGCACGACGAGAACUUGUGAACUUGUGAGAGACUGCAAUGGAGAAGACCUUCAAAGAAGGUUUUGAAGCAGCUUGGAUUUUGCUGGUGAAAAGGAAUUCUGCUAGAUCAAUCCUCCCUGCCGAA